CUCCACUAGGGAGACUUUUAAGGCUAUUGGAAUUUAUUUUUGGUAUUUUGAAAAUUGUGCAGAUCAUGACAACAUAUCUGCUGUGUACCAAUUAAAGAAACACUUCCGGAAAUCCGUUUAUAUGUAUUGGAGCAAAUAGUCUAUGUAUCACACAACCCACCUGCCCAAUGAUCCAUCCCAUCAUGGCCAUGAUCUUGCAUCCUUCAUGCAUUAUAGACGGAUUUAAGCCAAAGAACCGAUCGUUGUCGUCAUCAUGUGGGUUAUUGUGGGCUAAACUGCCGACGUUUACAAAUGGUCCCACCUACCGGUUUCAACGUCCUGACAUCCGAAUAUCUGCUUGAAAUGCUACCCUAUCAUCGUCCCUCUGUGCACUUCGUCUUCCUGGUUAACGAUUGUGACAAUGCCCUUCACACUAAUUCACGGAAAGAAACUGUACAAGUUCAGAUUGAUCUGCUGGCCACAUGGUACGAGUAUGAUUGGUAUCAAAGCCGCUGCAGAUACCGGCUCCAAUGGAACCCGCUAAUUUCUUCGCGCUCCCUGUCAUCGGUUUUGAAAUGAAAAUUUGGAGUUGGUUUUAACCAUUACUGGUCGAAGAAAAUGGAUGACUCUACAAAGAAAUAUAUGGAAAUUAUUUUUUAUACCUAUAUCAUUCGGAUAAUCUGUGUGGUCGGUGUACUGGGAAAUACAUCCAUCUUGAUAGUACUAUCACGGCGUGGUGCCAAAGGGACGGCUUUUGUAUACAUAAAGGCGCUGGCUGGAGUGGAUUUGCUAAUCUGCAUUAUGCUCUUGGGAAUGGGUUUCAUACGUUGUGGGGAUUGUAUAUCGGGACCGGAGCAGGAAUUUGUUGGACGCGUUUAUGAGGGAUUUUUGUAUUUGCCACUGGCCAACGCGGGACAAAUGGCGAAUUUAUUUAUAACAAUGGCGAUGGCCGUCCAUCGCGCUGUAUCGGUCAGAAUAGACGCACUCAGAAUUGAUGUGCGUAAAUCCCGCACAGUCGCCAAAUCACUGGUGUUGCUCAUCGUCGGCUUCUCCUUCGUUGUCAACGGCAUUCGGUUCUUUUUCUUCACAAUUAAGGAAACGUGCGAUAUGGGUAGUGAGCUGAGAUUUGGCUCCAUCGGUCGGGUUAAUAAUGAUCCCAGCGUGAUUCCCAUGAGUUUAAUACAAAGUAGAGCCAAUGUGGAAGUAUAUUACGCCGGUGCCGUCACUGAAUUCAACGACAGUUACUAUUUGAUGUUGUCUACGGUCACGUUAAGUCCGCAACAUUCACCAUCGACAAUACAGGAAGAAUACGGCAGCGAAAUGGAUCAUGCAAACAAUGCAACUGGUCAGUCGGAUAUUUAUGGAAUAAACACAACACCGAGUCCCGUGAGAUACACUCUGGAAAAAACCGCAUUUUAUGAACGCGUGAUUAGGGGAUUUCUCCUUGCGCUAUCAACAUUACAUUUUAUUGAACUCCUGACCUUAACCACGGUCAACAUUAUCCUAAUUCGCGUGUUACGUCGUUCCAAAUCUCAGCGUAACACUUUACUCCGAACGGAGCUCCAGCACCGGAAGAAACGUGACGACGUAACGAGAAUGUUAGUGGUCACAGUCGUUGUCCAUAUAGUAUGUCAUCUCCAUUCUCCCUUUUCCGCUGAUCCCAUUGCUCAACUGGUAUUCGGUCCAGAUUACAUCAAAUCCAAUGAAUACAAUAUUCAACUUGCCGUUAACAAUACUCUGACAUUAACAAGUCACGCCAUCACCUUUUUUCUCUACCUAGUUUGCGCUAAAUUUCGCAAGCAAGUGAAACGCACUUGGGAGUGCAUUCUUGGGCAUUUAAGAAUACGGCGAUCAUCCAGAUCAUCCACGCCAACAUCCGGAUGGACUCCUAGUUAUUCAAAAGGUGGUGCCAGUCCCAUAUUACACCGCAAUCAUUCGCUGGCUGUAUCCGCUCGCUACCUUUAGCCUCAUUCACAUCUACGUUUUCAUGAACACAUCCGACCUCACUAAGCCAAAAAUAUCCGAUCCAGUCAGCUCAUGGGACUAUGAGCGCAUCAUUCCUGGUGGAAUCCGCUCCAAAAACAUUUAUUUCUGUAUUGUGCAUACUGCUGCAAUGGAACGGUGACCUUGACUGCCGUCAAGUGGUACAUGAUGAAAUUUGCCUGUACAUAAUCAAAAAGAUAAAUGUUUUCCAUGAUUCUAUAAUCGCAGAAUUCGUGAAAAUUUACAGUGGAAGUAAUUUCGCUAUUACAACGACACUUGUACAAAAGGCAUCAUUUUCAGUUUUGCAAUCACUUUUUGCAGUAUUGGGUGCGGCAAUGGUGCAUGUUUUGCAUUACUUACCGAGCUCCUUCUUAUAAUUAAUUGGCUGUGUUUUUUGUACAUAUGUGCAGAAAUUUGUUGAUUUUACCAAGCAUUUAUUGGAAGGCAAUUAUUA